UUUUGAACCCGAAACCCGUGAACCCGAAACCCGCCAACCCGAAACCCGGUAAACCCGCCCGAUGUUCAGCCCUAGAUGGUAUGAUUUCCCUCAUCAUGGAGUCAAGGGAAAUGUUGCAGGGGUCAUUGUUGGAGAGUAUGAUCUAAGCCGCCGUGUAUUUAUGGUGUUAUAUCGCAUAUCAUCCAAUAGGGAUCCAAGGGCUCGUGCUGCUGACAGCCUCAGUGUAAAUGACCAUGGAGUUCUUUUGCAGGAAAAGAAGUUGCUUGACUUGCCUAUGUUGUUAGAUAUAUGCGCACUAUAUGGUCAUGAAAAUGAAGAGUUGACCAGGGUUUUGGUGAGGAAUGCUUUAAAUGCCCAACCUAUUAUUCAUGAAAAUUUGGCUUCAGUAGUGUCACAGUUUCUGAGCAUUACUCACACAAUGCAUCAACGUUGCAGCACAUCCCUGGAGGUUUUGUUCUCUUCGGGCAGUCAUGGAGACCCUGGAUCUAGUCGUCUUCAUGUUGAUAUGCAGGAGGUAAUGGAUUUCAUCAAUGAUGCGAUUGUAUAAAUGGACGCAUUUGUUGGUGCAUACAAACCGGCGUCUUUAUUCUUUUCAAACCCUGUUGAAAUAAGCUAUGCAAUGAAGUAAAUUAUGCAUUAUCCAGUUGUGUUACUGCUGCUAUUUCUGGAUGGAGUGUCACACGAUGAGCGAGUGGAAUUUAUUAUGAAGAAAAAGAUGUAUCUCUGUGUGUGUACAAAGAGAGGAAUUGAUAGUACUUGUGUAACGACCGCUCUAGUAAUGUGGAUUAGUAAAGGCAAUUAGCACUAAUUUUUAUUAUUUUAUUAUUAUUUGUGAAUAAAUUUUAAUGUGGACCCCAAUAUUUAGAAAUAAAUAUUAGAGUUAUAAUUUCUCAAUUUCGGAGAUUUUAUUAAACUCUAGGAGUAUUAUUUAGCUUAUAUGUGAAAUAUGUUAAUUUUGUAAUUUUUUGCUUGGCGACAACGGAAAAUGCGAUGGAUGGCUAGAUUGAUCACAUGGGUAAGUUUAGAACCCUAUUCUAUAGUGGGAAAUAUUUUAGAGAAAAUAGAUUAUCGGGAUUGAGCGGGGUUAUGGAUUUUGACCAUUUUACCCCUAGCUUUAGAAAUACCCUAGUUUUAAGUCUAAAGGGCAUUUUAGACAUUUUGUUUAAUGGUGGAUAGGUGGCUGCCAUGAGUGAGUGACACCUAGCAUAUUACUUUUCAGCAAGAAAUAAUUGGGAACCCUUUUCUUUUGAGAAAUUAAGAGAUAGAGAAGAAAAAUUGGAAAAAUUGAAUUAUCUCUUGAACUCUCUCUCUCUUGCUUUCGGCUGGGACAAACCAAGGACCAAACCAGAAUUUUCUUCUCUUUUCAUUGGGAUUUAGCAAGGAAUCAAGGAGGAUUUAACCAAGGUAACCUUAGUUGCUCUCUAGUUAUGUUUUUUUCUCAAGUUUUGCUUAGUUUCAAGAGAUGAUUUGUUAGGUUAGUGGCUGUUAGGUUUUGAAAUGAUUUGGGUUUAGUUGUUAUGCUCUAUAUUGAUUGAUUUAAGGUUCUAGCUGCUGGUUUUGAUGCUUGAUUAUGAUUCUAAGCAAGCUUUGAGCUUUAAUGGCAUAAUUUGAUUUGUUGGUUUGUUCUGUGAUUUAUUGGUUAGAAAUGGAUGUUUAUGCAUUGUAUAGGUAUACUGGAGAGUUUGGUAAGGUUUGGGAUUGAAUUGAAUUAAGGGGGAUGAUUUUUGGGUUCCCGGCGAGAAGCCGAGAUUCGGUUCACGGGAGACCGGUACCAAGGUCGGCCGGUUGGUGACCUGUAUCCGGAUUAGGUUGGGAGCCGAUGCACUUUGUUGGGGAAUUUCCAGAACCCUAGUUUUGGCCAAUUUUGAGAUAUUUAGGGUAUUGCCAUGAGGUUUAUAGAUAGGGAAACUUUUAGUUUCAAGUUUAAGUCCCGGAAAGUGAUUUAGCGAGUCACUCAUCUGUAUUACUAUUAUUGUGAUUAGGACAUCCAUCUAGCACGUGAAUUCCGUUCAGGUCGGCCAGCACACUUGAAUUCGGAAAACAGGUAAGAACUGUGUAUAAUAUAUGAUGUGAUUAUCUGAAUGUGUGUAUAUGUGUUUAUAUAUGCAUGCUUUAAUUAUGUUAAGCACUACCAACACUUGUAUGAAUAAGUUAUAGAGUGCAUUGGUAUAGUGAUUAUUGUGAUUGUGAGUACGAUACAGUGAUACCAACACAAGCAUGGGAAAAUGCUAAGGUGUGUGGUACAUCACUCAGUGUUACUCAGUAAUCGGGAUAAACCCUACCAACACUCGUACAGUGAGGUACGAUGUGUAUGUGGUAUAGUGGUUGUACCCUGGUAUUGAACGUUCAUUCUCAUCUGUUAAGCUCUGUGGAUAGGUGUAUGGGCGCCUAUUCACAGGUCGGAAUUUAUAUGGUAUGUUAUAUGCAUUUCUUACUGAGUCUGUUGACUCACAGUUUCUGCUUCCAUGUGUAGGUAAAGGAAAGGCGAAGGCUGAACAAGAAUGAACCUGAGCUCGGGUGAGAUUGUACAUGUCAAGCGGCGCGACCUGGAGUGUUCGGUCUCGGGACAUCUGGGAGUUGUAUUUUGAAAGUCGCUGUGCGACCUGAAAAUUAUGUAUUUUGAAAUGUAAAGUUUAAACAAUAAAUUUUACAAAGUUUGAAAUCGGGAUCCCGGAAUUUGUAAAUAUUAUAUUAUAUUACAAAGUUUAAUAAUUAAAGCAAAACUUUUAAUUUAACACGUUUUUCAAGAAAUUUCUUUGAUUAGCAAAGAUUGCACAAUAAUUGAAAAAGCACUGUAGCGUGCCUUAGCAUUAGGGCGUUACAAUUUUGGUAUCAGAGCCGCCAGGUUUGUCUACCGAAGCUUGCUAUGACAUGUACAAUCUUCAUCAGAGAAAGCUCGGUUCACGGAUCAGUAAGCCCGUACUUGUUUAGUAUUUUAAAUAAAUGUGAAUGUGAAAGCAUGAUAGGAAGCAUAUUAGAUUUUAAGUAAUUAUUUAUAAAAAAAAAAAAGUGUGUUGCCUUUUAAGUCUUUAAAGAGCGGUGUUAAGUUUUGAUCGCUGUCUAACCUGCUUGGCUUAUGGAUUCGCAGGCUAAGUCCUAUUAAAUGGACGCCCCGCAAAAUACAAGAAGUCAGGGUGGCAUGGUUGAGACCGGAGGCGGUCAGGGGAAUCCUCAAAAUCCUCGUGGUCGCGACCGUGGCCGUGGCAGAGCUCAGGGUGGUCGCCCUGUAAAUCCACCUCAAGCUCCUCCUGAUUGGGAGCAAAGAUUUGCUGAGAUGCAAGAUAGAAUCCGCCAGCAAGAUGAAGAGAUCCAAAGGUUGAGGCAGCAGGGUCCUCCUGCCGUGCCUCCUCAAGUGGUUUAGGCUGUUGCAGUUCCUGCGGUGCCAGCAGAACAACCUGUUGUUGGCAACCGUAUGGAGCCGUUGUAUGAAAGAUUCCGGAUACAGGCACCUCCAGUAUUUCUGGGAGGCCCUGAUGUGAUGAAGGCCGAGCAGUGGCUUUCAGUGAUUGAACGCAUCCUUAAUUUUAUGGGAGUGGUUGGAAAUGACCGGGUGAUCUGCGCCACUUUCCAGUUUCAGGAAGAUGCUCUCGUGUGGUGGGAGUUGAUAACCCUCACUCGGGACGUCACGCUGAUGACCUGGGAAGAAUUUAAGGAGUUAUUUAACUCCAAGUAUUACAACGAAGCAGUCCGCAGUGCA